AUGGGGCGUGCAAUACAAGGAGCCCCUACAAAUUUGGGAACUGGGGAAAGGGAGCUAGAAUAUGGAGCUCUCAGUCUUCCAGAGCAGGGGUUGGAUCCAGGCCCUGCACCGGUAGCUUGGUCCCCUACCUUCCUCUCCUGCAGUCCGGAGCUCUCUGAGUCACAGCGGAGUGAAAACAGCUGCAGUCAUAAUUUACGGAAAGAACCGCCCCCUUCUAGGGACCGAAAGGUCCAUUUGCCUUCCUUAACUCUCCUCCAGCAAGAGCCUCCACAUUCAUAUUUUCACAUAUUUUGUGAAAACCCAGACUACCCUUCCACGAACACGAGGAAUCACACAUUGCUGAAUGAAUUCAUUCUACGGGGAAUACCUCAGACAGAGGGACUGGAGGCUGUACUCUGUGCUGUCUUCUCAUUCAUCUACCUCUUCACCCUACUUGGAAAUUUACUCAUCUUUAUAGCGAUUGUUCCUUCCUCUACCCUUCACACUCCUAUGUAUUUCUUCUUGGGACGCCUGUCUACUUUUGACAUAUUGUUCCCAUCUGUAACAUGUCCCAAGAUGCUAUUGUAUCUCUCUGGCCAGAGCCCAGUCAUUUCUUUUAAGAGAUGUGCUUCACAGCUCUUCUUCUAUCACUUGCUGGGUUCUGCUGAAGGCUGCCUCUGUUCUGUGAUGUCUUAUGAUCGCUUUGUUGCCAUACGUCACCCACUGAGAUAUAUGCUCAUCAUGAAGCCCGGAGUCUGUGUCGGCUUGGUCGUGGUAGCCGGGUUGGUGGGUUGUCUUCACGCCACCAUUCUGACCUCCUUUACCUUUCAGUUGUCCUACUGUGGCCCCAAUCAAGUGGACUACUUCUUCUGUGACAUUCCUGCUGUCUUACCCCUGGCUUGUACUGACAGUGCCCUGGCCCAGAGGGUGGGUUCCAUAAAUGUUGGCUUUCCGGCUUUAACACUUUUGAUCAGUGUCUGUGUCUGCUACACUCACAUUGGGAUUGCCAUCUUGAGAAUCUGCUCAUGAGGCAGGCAGAAAGCCUUCUCCACCUGCAGUGCUCACCUUAUUGCAAUCCUCUGUGCCUAUGGACCUGUAAUCAUCAUCUAUCUGAAGUCCACACCCAACCCCUUGCUUGGUGCCAUGGUGCAAAUAUUAAAUAAUGUUGUCUCACCCAUGCUGAACUCGUUAAUCUAUUCCUUAAGGAACAAGGAAGUGAAAAGGUCCCUGAAAAGAGUAUUCCGAAAUGUUUUACUUACUGUUUGUGAAUAA